ACAAGCUCUCCAGGCUUGCUACCAUUUAAAAUCAGACUCUUUUUGUCUUUUGAUUGCUGUCUCGCGACCCAACUCCGAUGUGUUCCGUUAUCAGCGGCCGGCAGCCUGCCAUUCCAGCCCCUGUCUGGGUGGGGAGCGGUGGAGAGUCCCCCGCAGCCGCGGCGGGCAAGGUUAUAUAGGAAGAGAAAGAGCGAGGCAGCCAGCGAGGGAGAGAGCGAGCGGGCGAGCCGGAGCGAGGAAGGGAAAGCGCAAGAGAGAGCGCACACGCACACACCCGCCGCGCGCACUCGCGCACGGACCCGCACGGGGACAGCUCGGAAGUCAUCAGUUCCAUGGGCGAGAUGCUGCUGCUGGCGAGAUGUCUGCUGCUAGUCCUCGUCUCCUCGCUGCUGGUAUGCUCGGGACUGGCGUGCGGACCGGGCAGGGGGUUCGGGAAGAGGAGGCACCCCAAAAAGCUGACCCCUUUAGCCUACAAGCAGUUUAUCCCCAAUGUGGCCGAGAAGACCCUAGGCGCCAGCGGAAGGUACGAAGGGAAGAUCUCCAGAAACUCCGAGCGAUUUAAGGAACUCACCCCCAAUUACAACCCCGACAUCAUAUUUAAGGAUGAAGAAAACACCGGAGCGGACAGGCUGAUGACUCAGAGGUGUAAGGACAAGUUGAACGCUUUGGCCAUCUCGGUGAUGAACCAGUGGCCAGGAGUGAAACUGCGGGUGACCGAGGGCUGGGACGAAGAUGGCCACCACUCAGAGGAGUCUCUGCACUACGAGGGCCGCGCAGUGGACAUCACCACGUCUGACCGCGACCGCAGCAAGUACGGCAUGCUGGCCCGCCUGGCGGUGGAGGCCGGCUUCGACUGGGUGUACUACGAGUCCAAGGCACAUAUCCACUGCUCGGUGAAAGCAGAGAACUCGGUGGCGGCCAAAUCGGGAGGCUGCUUCCCGGGCUCGGCCACGGUGCACCUGGAGCAGGGCGGCACCAAGCUGGUGAAGGACCUGAGCCCCGGGGACCGCGUGCUGGCGGCGGACGACCAGGGCCGGCUGCUCUACAGCGACUUCCUCACUUUCCUGGACCGCGACGACGGCGCCAAGAAGGUCUUCUACGUGAUCGAGACGCGGGAGCCGCGCGAGCGCCUGCUGCUCACCGCCGCGCAUCUGCUCUUUGUGGCGCCGCACAACGACUCCGCCACCGGGGAGCCCGAGGCGUCCUCGGGCUCGGGGCCGCCUUCCGGGGGCGCACUGGGGCCUCGGGCGCUGUUCGCCAGCCGCGUGCGCCCGGGCCAGCGCGUGUACGUGGUGGCCGAGCGUGACGGGGACCGCCGGCUCCUGCCCGCCGCUGUGCACAGCGUGACCCUAAGCGAGGAGGCCGCGGGCGCCUACGCGCCGCUCACGGCCCAGGGCACCAUUCUCAUCAACCGGGUGCUGGCCUCGUGCUACGCGGUCAUCGAGGAGCACAGCUGGGCGCACCGGGCCUUCGCGCCCUUCCGCCUGGCGCACGCGCUCCUGGCUGCACUGGCGCCCGCGCGCACGGACCGCGGCGGGGACAGCGGCGGCGGGGACCGCGGGGGCGGCGGCGGCAGAGUAGCCCUGCCCGCUCCAGGUGCUGCCGACGCUCCGGGUGCGGGGGCCACCGCGGGCAUCCACUGGUACUCGCAGCUGCUCUACCAAAUAGGCACCUGGCUCCUGGACAGCGAGGCCCUGCACCCGCUGGGCAUGGCGGUCAAGUCCAGCUGAAGCCGGGGGGCCGGGGGAGGGGCGCGGGAGGGGGCGGGGCGGGGCAGCAACAGCAACGCAAAGCAAAAAGACACUCGGAAAAGGCGCACGAACCAGACUGAGUUAUAAUAAGAAUAAGAAUAAUAAAGUAGGACAGUCCAAAGUAGACUCUAAGGAAACAAGGACCCCGGGAAGUUUUGUUGUUGUGUUUAGUUGAUAUAUAUUUUUUGAAUUUUUUUGGUUAUCGUUUUAUUUUGGUUAUUUUUUCCUCCUCUCCUGGCUAUUUAUUUGUUUGGUAUGAAUAGAUGUUUUAAAUAAUAUGAACCGGACCUUCAAGAGCCUUAAAUAGUUUGUUUCUUGGAUAAUUUAUUAUGAUCAUGUGAACUGUACUCACGGGGGAAAGAUUAUUUUGUGAGGCCAUGCAACCUGCUCAGAGUCUAUUUUUCUACAUGUCCCUCGUCCCGGCUGUCAGAAAGCAAACCUCUGUCCCCGCCAUCCCUCCCUUCCAUCUCCUGCUUCUCAGCAAGUGCAAACUCAAACGUGCUUCAUGGGGGUCCACAAAUUAUAUUUUUAUACACAGAAUUGUAAAUUAGAUUUUUUGAGAGAUCAAUACUUAACUGAAUUACAUUUCAUUUUUGAAAUAGUGUAAAAUAUGAAAAUAUAUUAUUUUAAUUUAACUAGUUUCCGAUGUAACAGCCAUCUCCUCUGUUGUCUUUAUGGUUUCAUAUUCCCUUUGUAUUCACCAUUUUGCCACAUUCUUGGAAGCCAAGACUGUUACACACACAACAUACACGCACACUUUUCUUUUUCUUUUUUUUUUUUUUUUGGACAAACUGGAAGAACUGUUAUUUUUAACUUCAAAGAAUUUAUUAGAAAAUAAUAUUUUUUAAAAGCGCACAUAGUGACGAGCCCACGAGGAUGGAGCCUGCAGUUUGUACAGAGAAAACAAAGGAUGUUUUUGCAUUAAUAAAUUGAGAAAUAACGCUGUAAAUUUACUAAAAUGUAUUUUUGAAUAUUUUGUAAUAGUUUUAUAGAAAUAAAAUGUGCCAUGCACAGAACGCUUAGUAUCUAAUAACUAAGAAUUCCUGUUGCAGCCCUUUUUCUUUUAGUUUUUGGCUUCUUUGUUUGGGAAACCUAGCGCUGACAGGAGCUCCCAAUAUUCUAUUUAGAUGUGUUGCUUAUACUGUGAACUCAGACUGACUGACUUAGGUAACCAAAGUAGGCACACAAACCAACUUGUUUCUUCUCAUGGCUGGAGAAACCUCAGCUCUGUUUGUAUUUAUUGUGUGAAGCUCUUUCUACGCUCCCAAAGGUUGGGAGUGCCAUUCAUGGGGACUGUGCUGUCCCCCUCACCCCACCCCUUAACUAGCAAAGCCUGAUGUGUAAGCCCAGAGGAGGUGGCCUGGGGAUGGCCACCAACAAACUUCUCUUAGGACUCCUGUGUGUGGUUGCUGGGCAGACCCCUGGCCUGACCCUGUUUGUGCUUCUCUGAUCUGUAGGGAGGAGGCUCAUUGCUGCUUUCUGAGGUCCUGCUGUGUCCCUUCCAGAAAGCAUCCUUAGAAGAGAGGACCCGGUUUGAUCUUCUCUGAAGCUCCUAUCCUCUUUUCUUGAGGGUCCCCUUAAAUCUGAGUGGCAAGCCCACAGUGGCGAGGGCCAGUCGCUGGAAUGUCGGGGCUGCUGUUGAGGUCCUCAGGCUAUGCUGCUUGUCUGUGUCACAUGGCGGUCAGGCGUGGACUUUGAUCCGUGUUGAGAGAGCAUGCUGCUGUGGGUGCUGGGCUGGGGAAGGUCCUACCAUGCUUCAUGCUGCCUUGGAGGUUUGGCCAAGAGGGUCUCUGCCCUUGGCAGUUGUCAGGGUCCCAGGUGGAGGACUACUCCCAGUUCUUUGGCUUACGGAAGGUGUCUGCCAUGCUUUGUGCUUUGGGCCGAAUUGUCUGAGCAGGCUGGGCCUUGGAAGGGUUGCGCUGCAUGAGCUUGGGGCCUCCCAGCAGCUGCAGCCUGUGUAGAAGGUGGUCCAGGCUUAGGGAACAGGAGUGAACAGACUUCAGCCCCACCUGGCAGGGGCUGGCUCCCGAGGUUGGGCCCAGUCCCUGAGGGUCUGCUCUGCUAAGGGUCUGCCCUUGAGUGGCCUUCCGUGGAGGGUGUGUGACCAGGCGGAUGGCGCAGGGCCUCUGGAGCCUCCACAGGGCCAGGCCCUCUGCUCAGGAGCAGUCCUCAGCCUUUUUCUGUAAAAGACUUUUCUUUGGUGUUCUAGGUGGUCAGCAGGUUCCAGGCUGGUGUUUACAAUCUCGGAGGAAGUGCGAUGGUUUCUGUUCUUUUGACAGUUCAGUCUGAUUUCAAGUCAGUCAAAAGCGAACCAGAAGCACCGGGCACAGCAGCUCCUCUGGCUGUGUAGACAGACCUGGCAACGUGGCCGUGCAGCCCAGACGAUCAGAGAGAAGCCGGGCGUUGACCAAGCCCCAAGGUGCCUGAGGCCAUGGUGCAACUCUGCUGGUGACCGGGGCACCUUGGAGCAGAGCUUCACCCAGAUGGGAAAUCCUGAUUCCUGGGUGGCACUCCCUCCUGGACAGGCCCGGUGGCAGAGUGUCCGUGCUGCUGGGUGCUGUCCCCAGCCUUCCUGGUCCAUCUUCUUAAGAUCCAUCCACUGCUUUAUAUUUAAAAUUCUCUUUUUCACAGGCAAGGAAAGGAAACCACUGCUUAGAGAAACUAGGUACAGGGCAUCAAGAGGGUGCAGCCCAGCCCCGCCAGGACGAGGCGCCGACUUCUCAUUCAGGGUUGACGGAGCCAAGAGUUUGUGCAAAAUGUAUGCAUGGUGGUUGCUGCCAGCCUCCCUCAUGACUAAAUGCAUAUCUAUUCCUGUCAAAACGUGUAUCACAAUGUACUUGAAACUGUUAUCUUUGUGCUCUAUUGUUUGAAUAAUUAAAGAAAUUACAGAGA